CAUGGUGUGCCCCCCCUCUCCUGGUGGUUUACCCCUCACAACGACAUCUUCUCGUGCAUCACCCCUGACAUUCUACAUCAGCUGCACAAAGGAGUUUUUAAGGAUCACAUUGUUAGCUGGUGCGCUGAUAUCAUAGGCGAGGAAGAACUUGACGCACAGUUCAAGGAGAUGACGUCGUAUUCAGGACUCCAACACUUCAGAAAAGGUAUAUCCAAGCGCAAACAAUGGACUGGGGCAGAUUAUUGCGAGUUGCAGCGUGUCUUUCUCGGUGUGAUUGCUGGCGCUGUUGACAACAAAGUUCUGACGGCAGUGCGUGGCGUCUUAGAUUUCAUUUACUAUGCGCAGUAUCGCACGCACACGGAUGACACACUUGCCCAUAUGCACGCUGCCCUCGCCUCAUUCCAUGCCAGCAAGCACAUUUUCGUCGACCUCGGGGUACACGAACACUUCAAUAUUCCGAAGAUUCACUCAAUGAUUCAUUACAUCGAUGCCAUUCGCUUUCUCGGCACUGCGGAUGGUUUCAACACUGAACUGCCUGAACGGCUGCACAUUGAUUUUGCCAAACGGGCUUACCGUGCAUCGAAUCGCCACGACUACGUCAUGCAAAUGACCACCUGGCUACAACGCCAAGAGUCCAUCCACAUUCAAGACGCCUACAUUCACUGGUGGGGAUCCCAUCACCCCGUCAAUCAAGAGUGGCAAGACUCGGAUGCCAGUGACUCUGAUUCGGAUUUGGAUGGCGCAGGACCUGGACUAUUUGAGAACUGCGUUGACUUACCCUCUCAGGUCCAACAGUUCACAAUGGUGAUGGGUUCCCGUGGCUACUUCGUCCCUAGGACAUGUCCGUUUCCGAAUUCGACAAUCCAGCGCUUACUUACCGACCACGAUGCAUCCCUUUUCAUUCCAGCGCUUGAAGAAUUCCUUCAGAAACAUGUUUGA